AUGAAGGCACGAUCGGUUGUUGUUCUUGUUGUUAAGAUUGAUGGCAGCUUCCUGACUGUUUUGACAUCAAAAUCGCCCCGAGUAUCCAUCUCCAUACAAGUACAAAAACCCGGCGCAAUUGCUCCUUUUAUAACCUCCAAGGUCUUUGGGGAUGACGUUACUCGCCCCUUACACGUCUCUGAUGCGAAUUGUGCUAGGUUCAACUCCUAUACGCAACAAAUUUGCAUCGACGAUGCGAUAAUAGUUCAUGAACAAAACGGUAGUUCAGAGAGCCCACAUCAUUGUCUACCAGGCGAAUUCCCACCAGACAAUGCUGAUGCCGCUGAGAGAGACGACAACAUCCUUUCAGUGGAAGAGGCUCCACAACCAGUUGAUAACUCUUUGCAGCGAUCUCCUCGCACAAGGACAGAAAAAGCUAAGGCUUCAAAUGUAAACCAGACUGUCACUUAUACCGCCCAUGCGAUCGACAAUCUUGCAGAUGUUGUCGACACCCUUAAUAUCUCCUCAAGUGCUACUAUCAGUUACGCCAGUAGUCACAGCAAUGGUUCCGCUAGUUUUGUAAAAGAAAACAGUAUCAGCGAAAGUGAUAUCAAUUUCAUCGUCUCCGUCAAAGUGACCAACGAGCUCCCCAUCAACCCAACGCAAUUGGAGUUUCGGCCGCUGGAUGGCUUGGAACCCGAUCAAUUCUCAGAGGUAUAUGGUGAUUGUUUUAUCGCCGGCUUCCUUGAGGGUGGUGCAUUUUCAGCCAUAGUUAGUAUCAAAGUCCAGGACAAGAAUAAGAUCUCUAGGGUGAAAAUGGCGGCAGAGAUGCAACUUUCGGCUACGAAAUACUUCCAGCCCUUGAGUGGAGCCAUGGCUGAUAGUGAGAACCAAGAUAUUUGGACUGACACUGAGCUCAGCGUUUCCGUAACCUGGUCAGGGGGUGGGAGCAUCAAAAAGCCAAAGGUGGAAGACAAACUCCUUUUUUCCUUUCGCGAACCCAUAGCUGACUUAAAAUUAUUCCAGGCGAGUUGGAACCUGCCAACUAUCAUCCAAGCUGCCAAUGACUUUCCCGCCCAAGUUUCGAAGUAUCCACAGAGGACUCAGGCCAUCCUCAUGAGCUACAACUCCGUUCGGUCAUUCCAUGAGUUUAAUGCAAAAGCUACACGACCCUUCCCAGAGCUAUAUACCGCCGACCUUCUCAGUGCGUUCAUCGCUUAUAAAUCUCUAUGGAAAUUAAUCUCAAAAAUCAUAAAAAACCCUGAUCUAUACCAGGCAAAAGAAGUCACAGACAAGAUCCCGAAUCCCAUUGACAGUGACCCCAUUUCCCUAAAUCAAGCCAAAAUUGAUUGUCGAAAAGGGAUGACUAUGAUCCUCGACGAGAUAUAUAUCGGAACAUCUGGGAACAGUGACAACAAUGGCCUCAGCUGUGCAUCCUCUGUUCCCGAUGAAAUGAACAUGAUCAAUAAAUAUGUCUCGCGCCCCUCCUUUCUUCCACAACUAGGAGAAAAUCAAGGAGGCAAUUUUCCACGAGUUACGAAUACAUUCUAUUCCACAGCUUCAAGCACUUCGCCUGAUGGUCAAGUCGGGUUGCCAAUCCCCAAUAAUACUGUGGAAAGCUCAGAUGCUGUCGAAAAUACAACCACGAACGAUACUUGGGUACAAAUGAAGCCUAAUAGAUCUUGUAUACCAGCUCCGCGGUUCAUCGCUUCUGCAAACCUAAGCCUUCUUAGUAUGGUUUGCCAUGCCCUUCUCUUGAAAUGCUGUUUCCGAAGGACCAAAAAAGUGAAAUUCAGGACUCCAAGAGAGAGUUCGAACCAGGAGUAUCCUAUUCGACAGGAUCAAGUGGCAGUCAUGCCUGGUGCAACCACAUCCCCCUAAAACUUUAUAACCUUAUCUUGACGUACGAAGUUGAAAGUUUUAUAUAUACUAGUAGUACUUUUCAGGGGAAAUUUCGAGCGAGAGCAGAAAGGGAACCAUGGAUUCAGACUGUGACAAAAUUACAUAAAUUAUAUAAAUUAUACUAUAUUGGUUUAGU